AUGCUGAGGCAGCCACUAGGCCGUGGCACCACCGUCGACGCGGUCCGGCACGUACAGAUCGUCAGCUCCAGCCGCACAGUGAAGUACGUGUUCAGGGAGGAGGUCCGAGAUCAGAAUCUUGACCACUGGUUCUAUGUCCGCAGACGGUCGACGAGCUGUGGUGUACCUAUGAUCAGACGCUUCUCGUUUUCCUCGUCCCCGCUCAACCGUGAUAAUGAGUCGAUGACGAUGGAAAUCGACAUGUUUUCUGGAGUCUCGUCUAUCGGUCGCCUGAGCAAUGUCAACGCCGGGCCAAGUCGUGACUGGCGUUUCCGAAAAUUUUCGUCCGUGAUGAGGAAGGAUGAGUCUGCAUGGCCCUAA